CCAGUCAGGUUCAUACCUAAGUACAGGCUGGUUUACAUUCAUACUCGCUAUGGAUGCCUGCAAUGAUAUUCAUGUAUACGGGAUGAUAAAUGACACAUACUGCAAGACAAAAGGAUACAAAAGUGUCCCAUACCACUACUAUGAGCCUGGACGAGAAGAAUGCGAUGAAUAUUUUUUGCAUGAAACUGCUCCAUACGGAGGACAUCGAUUUAUUACAGAAAAAGCCGUCUUUGCAAAGUGGGCCAGACAGCGCAACAUAACGUUCAUGUAUCCAAGCUGGACUGUCUUAUAACUAUUGAACUGCACCAAGAGACAAUGUCAAACGUGACACCAGUCCACUCUAUACAGCUGAUACUGUUAUCUUUUAAACCAGAUUUAAGGGAAACAGAAAUGCAUGUUUAGGCUGCGGCUUUAAAAUUAACAACUUGGAGUGAAAAGGCCAAAAUAAGAUUAAGAUAACAAUAACAUUAGUUUAUUUAACAAGUGCAACAUUUACAAUACCUAAAUUCUUUCAUUAAUUACUUCUGGUGUUGACAGGCAUAGAGAUUCACUGGUGCUAUUAACAAUAACUGUUCAACAUAAAAUCUACGCUAGCAGCAAUAGUCACCCAUACUCACUGACAAAAUAUACUUCACCAUUCAUGGCUCAGCAUGAAAAAUAAGGAUGAUGUAACCAUGCACACAUCUAUGUUGUACAUGAUUUUUAUUCUUCCUUAUGGAACGAAAACUAUGGAACUAUUCCAUCAGAGUAAAUAUGGAAUUUCAAUUCAAAAGCGAAAUACAUUUUCAAAUCAUUACCAGAAUGACAGAUUUUUGUCCAUGAACCUCUGCCCUGGACAUAGUAAAUACUCAAACAUUGCACUGCAAUCAAUUUUAUUGUCAGCAACAAUCUAUGGACAAACGAAUGAGACAUUACACACACACAUACACACACACACACACACACACACACACAUAUGUCUAUAUCACAACAUCGAAGUGUCAAAACUUCGAAUGCCAUAACAUCGAACCCAAAACCACGAAAGCUGAAAACCUCAAAGACUGAGAACAGUGACUUUUUUCCCCUGGGAAAAAAAAAACUCUGUUCCAGUACAAAACGCGAAAUACACGAACACUAUAAACUAUUUCUAAUGUGGGAGGCUUCACCCCCACACCCCUCCUUAAAUAUACCAACUCCAAGAUUGCACCACAGUGAAGGACAUAACGAAGCCGCAGAAAUAGCCCACCAAAUUCUUUCCCUGGGAAAGAAUUUGAUGUUCCGCGGCUUCGAUAUUUUCAGUCUUCAAGGUUUCCAGUUUGAGGUUUUUGUAUUCAAACUUUUCAGCAUUUGACAUUGUGAUAUACACCAUAUAUAUAUAUAUAUA